AGUAUCAAAUGGUCACAAAGAGGAACAAUAUAGAGCGCUGGAGGUAGAAGCAUACUAGGAACAAAACAAGACAAUUUCUGGAAAUGAGUGAAGCAUUUUAUACUGUCAUCAUGGGGCUGCGUGACUUUCUGAGGGAGUACUUUGAGGGUUUCUGGGACUCGUAUGAGACUCCUAAGAUGAUGGUGGUUAAGAACAGAACUCUUGGAGUCAUUUACAGAGCUGUUCAGUUUCUUGUGAUCACCUAUUUCACCUGGUAUGUUUUCAUAAGUCAGAAAGCAUACCAGGAGAGUGAAACCCAUCCAGAGAGCUCUGUUUACACUUGCAUGAAAGGCACGGCUGUUCACGAUGAUGAUAUCCUGGACACUGUGGAGUACGCUCGACCCUCAGAGGGUGUUGAUGUGAUCAGUACAUUACUAAGGAGAGAAUUCACUUACAAUCAGAAACAAGGCACCUGUGCUGAGCAUUUUGAAGUUGCCAAUGCAAACUGUACAACAGACUCUGACUGUGUUCAAGGGGAGGCCGAUUUAGAAGGAAAUGGCAGGAGGACUGGCAGGUGUGUUCAGUACUACAACCACACCUUCAAAACGUGUGAGAUCCAAACCUGGUGUCCGAUUGAAGCUUUCGCCGUGGUACGAGAACCACCAUUAGUAGAGGCCAUCAACUUCACGGUGUACAUCAGGAACUCCAUCCACUUCCCCAAAUUUAAAGUGUUGAGGGUGAAUGCAAAAUAUUCUUCAAAAGGGUCUAAGAAGCAUAAAUACCUUAAAAAGUGUCACUAUCACGGGGAGACAGAUCCCUACUGCCCAAACUUCCGUCUGGGUUACAUUGCAAAUCAAGCACGGGAGAAUUUCAGUGAGCUCUGCAGAACUGGAGGAGUGAUUGGAGUUUUCAUCAACUGGGAUUGUAACCUGGAUCUGGAUCCUUCACAUUGCAAACCAACAUAUUCAUUCCGGCGUCUUGACCUCCGAAAGGAUCUGGGUAACACUGGAUACUACUACAGGUUUGCCAAAUAUUACAGUAACGACGGUGUAGAGUCUCGGACACUCAUCAAAGCUUAUGGCAUCCGUCUAGAUGUCAUAGUUCAUGGACAGGCUGGAAAAUUUAGUACCGUUCCAACCAUCAUCAGCCUGGUGACCGCUAUGACCUCUGUGGGGAUUUGCACGAUUAUCUGUGACUGGAUCAUGCUCACAUUUAUUGACAGGAAUGAAGUGUACAGUGAGAGAAAGUUCGAUGAAGUGAUUAAGGAGCCGACAGAAACCAUACGAACUGAGCUCAGCUACAUCAGCAGCUAUGGCUCGAACCACUCAGACCUGUCAGAUGGCGUCCCGCUCUGAUGCUCCCAGCGCCCAUCUGACUGACGGUGGCAGCAUCAGCA